CCACCUCUAUUGCACUUGAUUUGUUUACAUCGAAUUUAUUUGAAAAUUCUUGAUUUCUAACUGCUGGCCAGGAUGAAUGCCGCCGCCCUGCCGGUGGUGCUGGUAAAGUGCCGGAUUUGCAUGGGCGAGUUCGAGGAGCAGACGAUGACACCUCUGUUUGAAGAGCCAUCUGAGGGCGGGGAUCGACUAGGCGACAGGGUGCAGCUUUGUUCCGGCAUCAGGAUUCAGGAGUCUGCCAAGAUGCCCAGCACCGCCUGCAGCAGCUGCUGCGAAUUCGUUGAUAUGUGGUUCAACUUUCGGCAGCUGUGCCUGAAUGCACAGGUUUUUUGGGCAACCAGUUUUCCGGAUGCAGAAAGACCAGCGUAUCUGGCCCAAGCCAGCGAUACCAAGUACAUGGAGUAUCUCUACGAGAAGCUGCAACUGAACUACGCAGACUCCAACUAUCAAGAGGACGAGGAGAUCCUCCAAGAGAUAGAGGAGGAGCAGCUGGAGGCCGCUUCCUGGCAGUCGCAGGAAGGCCUGGACAUAAGGGACCUUAUCUUGACUGAGCAGGUCGAGGACGGAGCUGAGAUCAAAGAGAGCCCUGACCAGGUUUUAAUCUCUCAACUGGAGGCCUAUGAACAUGAGGCUCAGUUGGAAGGAUAUGUGGAAGACAAGAGCCAGUCCGUUGACGAUAUUUCCCUGCUAAACGAAGACUACAACGAAGUAGACUUUGAUGAAGAAGAGCUUGAGGAAGACGAGUUCAUAUCGCUAACGCCCGAUCAGACCGCCAGUCCGUUAGGAAAACGAAAGCCGGGAAGGCCGCGCAAGCCAGAUAGCGAACUCAAGGGAAAGCGAAAGGAAAAGGGCGGCCGGGUAAAGCAAGUCAAAACAGACAGUCAAGAGGGCGAGCAGGCCACAACAUUUGUGUGCAGCCUCUGCGGUGAAGUCUGUGAAAAAAAGUCCCUAUUCAAGGUCCACAUGAUGGCCCACACGGAAUACAAGCCCAACCAGUGCGAAAUCUGUCAGAAGGCCUUCCGCCAAAGGGGCGAACUCCGUUCACACAUGCGUCGCCAUACGGGAGAGCGACCGUACAAGUGCGCCCAUUGCGAUCGUCAUUUUUACGAUCGCAGCGAAAGGAUUCGCCAUGAAAGAGUCCACACCAACACACGUCCCUAUGCCUGCCAGGUAUGCGGCAAGUCCUUUACGCACACUGCCAUACUCAAGAACCACAUGCUGGUCCACACGGGCGAGAAGAACUACAGCUGUGACACAUGCUCCAAGUCCUUCACCCUGAUGCACCAGCUAAAAGCCCACCUAACGACUCAAACCCAUCGCAGUCGAGUUGAGUUGAUGAAUUCUAUGGCCCAUUCCGAAGACUGUGUCGACAGUUAAGGUCCUAGCUUAAUGCCUAGUUUAAGUUAGCCAACUUCCAAGUAUUUCAGUCUAUAGUAUUUUUAGGGAAUACAAAAAAUGAAUUGUU